AUUUCUGGUGUGAUAGCAGUAUCAUACUCUGGUCAGAAAAUGAAGAAGGGCAGUGAGUUCCCUAACAAUCUACGCUGUAGGGCAACAACAACAAGGAUGGAAGCUCGGAGGGGAAGAGUGAUAGAAUAUCAAUCUGUAGGGUGUUAUUUGGUGCUUGAAAGCCUGGAUUAACUCGAUGGCUUUGUUAAAAGAACCUGACAUCGUACUUUUGUUGUUGAAAGUGCAGCUUUCUAAUGAACUACAGCCUUCAACAUUUCUCAUAAUGUGUGUCCUCAGCAGUCAUCGAGGGUGUUUGUCAUGAAGGUUUGUCUCCUCAGUGCUUUCAAUUAGGAAGUAAUGUGAAGAAGCCAAGGUAUAAAUACUAUUAGAUUCUAUUGUUAAAUCAGCAUUUGAGCAGUUUGAAAAUUAAUGUGCAAUCUCACAUUGGACUUCCAGUGUCAGAAAUGUCAUGCUCUAGAAUAAUACUUGCCAGCAGGCAGCUUAGCAAUACAAUUCUGACUACAUAAUAAGACACUUAAAUGUGGUGCAGAAUGCUGCAGAGCAAGCAAGCUGAUUUAUGCAUGCUAUCAAAAUCAAAUUUUACUCUUUGGUCAGGACAAUAUGUUUCUUUGUUCAGGAAAGCUGAGACCUUUUGAAAAGGGAUACUAAUUUCUCUUUUAAGUCAAACUGCUGCAGUUCACUGUCCUUGCAGCUUCCAGCAUGCACGCCUACACGUCAGCUUGAUGUUAGGGAUGAAGCUGGGGGGGGCAAGAAUUGUGGAUUAGUUGUGCAACACAAGACAUGUUGGGGCAUCUUGCUAGAGAAGCCAGGCUUUCAAAACCCAGGCACUGUAGUGAAGUACUAAACUGGAGCUAAAUGCUUAGGAUGGCCGACUUUUCACAUCAUCUCUAAGCGUGGAUGGUUUGGUAGCUACAGCACAAAGAAAUGCAUCUGCCAUAGACUUGGGAGUGUCUUUUACAAAUAUGUUUAAUAAGGCAGCGUUGCUUUUUCCUUUGCACGUUGGUAUGUCACUGGGGAAGCCCUUGUCUCUUCCCGAGCUGCUUUAUUUCCAUGCUUGCUAUGCAAAUAACCCUGCUGCCCCUUUCAUUGCCUUGCCCUGUCAGUUGUACAAAUCUUGACUUUGGGGGAACAUUUUUCGUUUGAUUCACUUUUUGUGUUUACUCUGUAGCUGGUUUAGAAUGUGACACCACCAACAGUGACAUCAGCAGAAACGAUGAUGAAGAUUGAGCCUAAGGAAGGAUGCCUAACUUGAGUGCCAGCAACAACAAGAGAAAUUCUAAUGUCUGCAUACACACUUAAUCUCUCAGUCGUCCAUUUCACGAAGUCAGGAUAAUAAUGGCACACAGUAAAUCAAGCAUUCGUGAGCGUUGUAGACUUCAUUGUGGAGAUGACAAGAGCGCAGUGCUCUGGUGGAUUUACUGACAGUCUCACCACUGCCUUGCGUUGGUUCCCUCCUGGACUGUUAAAACAGGCACUCGUUGAAGCAGAGGAAUUAAAUUAGCAUAAACUCUUCUUGGGAAUCAGUGGCAACUCUAGAGCAAUACAGUGAAAAAUGCCUAAAAAGAAGACUGGUGCUCGUAAGAAAGCUGAGAACCGUCGAGAACGUGAGAAGCAGAUAAGAGCUUCAAGAGCCAACAUAGAUUUAGCCAAACAUCCUUGCAAUGCUUCAAUGGAAUGUGACAAGUGCCAAAGGAAAAACCAAAUGCAUGAUGAAGUCUUCAGAUUGUGUCAUAAAACAUGCUGGUGUGUACAGUACUGGACUGGCAAUGGUGGGUGCAAUCUGUGAUUUCUGUGAAGCUUGGGUAUGCCACGGGAGGAAGUGUCUCAGCACACAUGCGUGCAUCUGCCCUCUUGCCGAUGCAGAAUGUAUUGAGUGUGAAAGAAGUGUCUGGGAUCACGGAGGCAGAAUGUUUGCCUGUUCUUUUUGCCACAAUUUCCUCUGUGAAGAUGACCAGUUUGAGCAUCAAGCCAGCUGCCAAGUUUUGGAAGCAGAGACAUUUAAAUGUGUUUCCUGUAACAGGCUUGGGCAGCAUUCAUGCCUGCGUUGUAAGGCUUGUUUUUGUGACGAUCAUGUGCGAAGUAAGGUUUUCAAGCAGGAAAAGGGAAAAGAGCCUCCCUGCCCUAAAUGUGGCCAUGAAACUCAGCAGACAAAGGAUCUGAGCAUGUCAACGCGCUCUUUGAAGUUUGGCCGCCAGACUGGAGGUGAAGAUGCAGAUGGAGCUUCUGGUUAUGAUGCCUACUGGAAGAACCUCUCCUCCAGCAAGGCCGGAGAUGCAGGUGAUCAUGAUGAUGAAUACGAUGAAUAUGAAGCAGAAGAUGACGAUGAAGAUGAUGAUGGAGGAGGGAAGGAUUCUGAUACAGAGACCACAGAUGUAUUCAGCAAUUUGAGUUUAGGGAGGACUUAUGCUAGUGGGUAUGCACAUUAUGAAGAACCUGAAGAUUAAUUUGAGUAUGCUAGCGAGCUAGAACCUUUUGAGAGGUUGCACCAAGCAGGUGCAUCAUUGCUGAGUUGUAUACAUGCCAGUAGGAUAGUUCUGCCAGGUACUUAACAUAUCAGAGGUUGAAAAUAGAGUCUGGGACAUCUGUAGUAAGUCCAGGUGAGAUUUGUUCAUAUAAACCAUUAUUGGGUUUGGAACCCGGGGGGGAAAAUGGAGGGAAUAUUUUUAUUCCCCUGAUCACCUGAAAUGGUUACUGAGUGUAACGGUUUAAUGCCUUGUUUCCAUUUACGCAUCAGAAAGUAAGUUAUUUUUACAGUAUUUGUUAACUGACUUCAUAAAAUUCAUGUAUUGUUGGGCUGCAGACUGCAUUCUGGGGGGGGGGGGGUCAGCACAAUAAAAGUCAACUGCAUUCUCAAA